GUCCUACGCCUCGGGCGGGGGCGGAGGCCGCGGCGCCGGCGCGGGGAUGUCGAGGAGCUCGAAGGUGGUGCUGGGCCUCUCGGUGGUGCUGACGGCGGCCACCGUGGCCGGCGUGCAUCUGAAGCAGCGGCAGGACCAGCAGAGGCUUCGUGACGGAGUGAUCAGAGACAUUGAGAGACAAAAUCGGAAAAAAGAAAACAUUCGCCUUUUGGGAGAACAGAUUAUUUUGACUGAGCAACUUGAAGCAGAAAGAGAGAAGAUGGUAUUGGCAAAAGGAUCUCAAAAAACAUGACUUGAAAUGAAAGGGAAAAAUCGAUGGGACAGACAGCGUUAAGUGUGUGUGUGAGUGUGUUGAUGGAGAACAGCUUAGAGAAAUUUCAACCUUGUUUUUGUCACUGUCUUUUUAAACUUGAUCAAAAAAAGGACAAUGGGUCAUAUAUUUUAAAUGAUUGCUUUAAAAGUCUCCUAUAUCUGAGUAAAGAAGUGGGCAGACACUCUUCUGAAGAGUUUCCGUUUGUGUGAUCCUGAUAGAAGCCGCUUUAAGCUUGGUGUCCAGAGCUUAGGAUUGUUCCUGAGAAGCGCUUCUGCACCUGUGAGAAGGAAGGGAUGGAUAGUAACGUCCACCUGAGUGGUUUGAUAAGUCGGCACGAUGAUGAAGCCACUAGAACAUCUACCUCAGAAGGACUUGAGGAGGGUGAGGUGGAGGGGGAGACUCUGCUGAUUGUUGAGUCGGAGGACCAGGCAUCAGUGGACUUGUCUCAUGAUCAGAGUGGGGACUCCCUCAACAGUGACGAAGGAGACGUGUCGUGGAUGGAGGAACGGCUGGCCUACUUCUGUGACAAGUGCCAGAGAUGGAUACCGGCCAGUCAGCUGAGGGAACAGCUCAGUUACCUUAAGGGUGAUAAUUUUUUUAGGUUUACUUGUUCUGAUUGCUCAGAAGAUGGCAAGGAGCAGUACGAAAGGCUGAAGCUGACAUGGCAGCAAGUUGUCAUGUUGGCGAUGUACAACUUGUCUCUGGAAGGAAGUGGACGUCAAGGUUAUUUCAGAUGGAAAGAAGAUAUCUGCGCUUUUAUUGAGAAACACUGGACUUUUUUAUUAGGGAAUAGGAAAAAGACUUCGACCUGGUGGAGCACCGUGGCAGGUUGCCUCAGUGUGGGAAGUCCUAUGUACUUCCGUUCAGGUGCUCAGGAAUUCGGAGAACCAGGAUGGUGGAAACUUGUUCACAACAAGCCCCCGACAAUGAAACCUGAAGGAGAGAAGCUGUCUGCCUCUACUUUGAAAGUAAAAGCCUCAAAACCAACUUUAGAUCCCAUCAUUACUGUUGAGGGACUUAGAAAACGGGCGAGUCGGAAUCCUGUGGAAUCUGCCAUGGAAUUGAAAGAGAAGAGGUCUCGCACUCAGGAAGCGAAAGACAUUAGAAGAGCCCAGAAGGAAGCGGCUGGCUUUCUUGACAGGAGCACAUCUUCGACCCCUGUGAAGUUCAUAAGCCGAGGCCGCAGGCCAGACGUGAUUCUAGAAAAAGGAGAAGUGAUUGACUUUUCAUCCUUGAGCUCCUCUGAUCGCACCCCGCUCACGAGCCCAUCUCCUUCUCCGUCUCUGGAUUUCUCUGCCCCUGGGACCCCUGCCUCCCACUCAGCCACACCCAGCUUGCUUUCAGAAGCAGAUCUGAUUCCAGAUGUGAUGCCCCCACAAGCCUUGUUUCACGAUGAUGAUGAGAUGGAAGGCGAUGGAGUCAUAGACCCAGGGAUGGAGUAUGUUCCACCCCCUGCUGGGUCAGCAGCUUCUGGGACAGUGGUCGGGGGCAGAAAGAAGGUCAGAGCACCCGAACAGAUAAAGCAGGAGGUCGAGAGUGAGGAGGAAAAACCUGACAGGAUGGACAUUGACAGCGAAGACACGGAUUCCAACACAUCUUUGCAAACAAGGGCUCGAGAGAAGAGGAAGCCUCAACUGGACAAGGACAGGAAACCUAAAGGGCCCAAGUACACCCCUGUGAGCAUCUACGAGGAGAAGCUGCUCCUGAAGAGGCUGGAAGCUUGUCCCAGUGCUGUUGCCAUGACACCAGAAGCUCGGAGACUAAAGCGGAAAUUGAUUGUCAGACAAGCAAAAAGGGAUAGGGGAUUACCACUUUUUGACUUGGAUCAAGUUGUUAAUGCUGCUCUUCUGUUAGUUGAUGGGAUUUAUGGAGCCAAAGAAGGAGGAGUUUCCCGGCUUCCAGCUGGCCAGGCCACAUACAGAACAACCUGUCAGGACUUUAGAAUCCUUGACCGAUACCAGACGGCCUUGCCGUCCAGGAAAGGAUUUCGACACCAGACCACUAAGUUUUUGUAUCGUUUGGUGGGAUCGGAAGACAUGGCUGUGGACCAGAGUAUUGUCAGCCCUUACACUUCUCGGAUCUUAAAGCCUUACAUUAGGCGUGAUUAUG